CUAGCCAAGGGCAAGGGAAGUGAGGGAGGAAGUGGCUGACGUUGGGUAAUCGGGGAGUUUCUUAUCCAUUCAGGCUCGUAUGGGAUCAUGUCUUGAAGCCCGACGGCCCACCAGAAGAGACGGCUCUCCGAGUGAGCUGGGCUCCUUCCACGGGAGUGCGAACUGAAGCCUGGGAGCCUCAGCCUCCGUCAUGUGGAACACCUCCGAUGCCAACUUCUCCUGCUACCAUGAGUCCGUUCUGGGCUACCGUUACGCUGCAGUUGUGUGGGGGGUGGUGGUCGCUGUCACAGGCACCGCGGGCAACGCGCUCACCCUGCUGGCCUUGGCCAUCCAGCCCAAGCUCCGCACCCGCUUCAACCUGCUCAUCGCCAACCUCACGGUGGCCGACCUGCUCUACUGCACCCUCCUCCAGCCCUUCUCCGUGGACACCUACCUCCACCUGCGCUGGCGCACUGGCGCCACCUUCUGCAGGGUCUUCGGGCUCCUCCUCUUUGCGUCCAACUCUGUGUCCAUCCUCACCCUCUGCCUCAUCGCCCUGGCCCGCUACCUCCUUAUUGCCCACCCUAAGCUCUUUCCCCGGGUCUUCAGUGCCAAGGGCAUGCUGCUGGCCCUGGUGAGCACUUGGGUGGUGGCCGUAGGCAGCUUUGCCCCUCUCUGGUCCGUCUAUGUCUUGGUGCCCGUGGUCUGCACCUGCAGCUUUGACCACAUCCGAGGCCGGCCCUACACCACCAUCCUCAUGGGCAUCUACUUCGUGCUGGGUCUCAGCAGCGUUGGCGUCUUCUAUUGCCUCAUCCACCGCCAGGUGAAGCGAGCAGCCCAGGCGCUGGAUCGGUACAAGCAGGCAAGCGUCCGCUCCAACCAUGUGGCUGGGAUAGAGGCGACCCCCGGCCGUUUCCAGGAGCUGGACAGCGGGCUGGCGUCAGAGAGGCCCAGCGAGGGCACUUCGUCCGAGCCAGCCAGCUCUGCCACGGCCCAGACCCUGGAAUGGGCCCCUUCAGAGCUGGGGGACCAGCACGGCAGGGAGGAAGCUCAGCAGAGGGCAGAGAAGGGCCGGCCAGGAGCACCCGCCAGGACCAGGCCAGCCCAAAGAGCCCCGAGAACUCAGGACUCCCCAUCGGAGUUUGGGAAAGUGACUCGGAUGUGUUUUGCUGUGUUCCUCUGCUUCUCCCUGAGCUACAUCCCCUUCUUGCUGCUCAACAUCCUGGAUGCCAAGGCCGAGGCUCCUCGGGUUGUCCACAUGCUCGCUGCCAACCUCACCUGGCUCAACGGUUGCAUCAACCCCCUGCUCUACGCGGCCAUGAACCGGCACUUCCGCCAAGCCUACGCCUCCCUCCUGAGACGAGGGCCCCAGAGUUUCCGUAGGUUCCACUAGAACCGUCCCCAGUUGUCACCAGAACCCGAGGCCGACUCCCCCAGAGCCGCGUGGCCGGGUGGCCGGGUGCGGGGGAGGAGGUGCAGGAAGAGGGGGCCUUUUCACAGGCGACUGUCCUCCUAGCCCCAACCGGCCCGUCCCCUGAUCAACGCUUGGGCCCUAGGCUGCCCGAGGUGGGUCACCAAUAAACGCGUUUGAUCCUUUUAA